AUGCGUUCUUCUCUCGUUCUGCUCGCCGGCCUGGCGGGCUCGGCUCUCGCCUACCCCACCGAACUGGCUGCUCCUUUGGAGCCCCGUACCCUGGGUCUCCUCGGUGAGCUCCUUGGUGAUCUCACCGUCGAUGUGACUUCUAUUCUCGGAAGCGUCCUGCACCACGGCCACUCUAGUGUCUCUCUCCUUGCUGGUCUGAAAGUCGAGGGUGCUGCUGCUCUGCAGGCAGGUGCUCUUGGCUGCAAGUCGGGUGCCAUCCACCACAAGGCCAAGCUUGCCCUCAAGACUUGGUUGCUCUUCCACGCAGAUUUCGACCGCUCGCUCAAGAAGACCCUGAUCUCCUGGUGCGAGGGUAACGAAGAGCUCGUUCUCUCCGAUGACAUCUUGGCUGCUCUGGCCGUGUACGUCCCCGGAUUGGCUCAGAUCACUGCUCAGGGCCAGCUCUACGUGACUGUUGACGGCAUCUUCGACGCCGCCAAGCUUGAGUCUGCCCUUGUCCUGAACAUGGCUGCUCAGGCUUCUCUUUCCGCUUGGAUCGAGGCCAAGGCUAGCCUUGAUGUGGCUGUCAAGGUCGGUCUCCAUGUCUGUGCUGCCGGUGGUGUUGUCAGCAGUCUGUCAGCUGAUAUCAAGGCUGCCCUACACGCUUGGAUCAGCAGCACCGAGUGUGACCUCAGCGCACACCUCAAGGUCUCGGUCCUUGCCUGGAUCAAGGGCCACGCCGGUGGUGACCUCAUUGAGAUCGGUGCUCUUGCUGAGACUGCUCUCUCUACUAUCUCCGUCGGUGCUUCCGUCGGCGUGUACGUUGAGGAGUCCGGCCUCCUCUCUCUUGGUGGCCAGGGCUCUCUCGCUGCCUUCCUGGGCGCUGAUCUCUCCGCCGGCCUCGCUGCCGAUGUUAAGCUUGCUCUCGAGGCAUGUGCUCGUGGCAAGCUCGCCACCGCUGUUGAACUCGAUAUCCGCACCAAGCUCGCUAUCUGGCUUGCCGGCGCCGACUGCUCUUUGGGCGUUGAGCUCAAGGCCGUUGUCCUCCUCUGGUUGUCCUUCGGUGUCGAGGCUGAUGUCUCGGCUUCCCUCGACCUGGUCGGUGGCCUUCUUGGCCAUGUCACUGGUAUCCUGACCGAGUCUGUUCUCUCCGGCCUCAGCGUCGACCUCCGUGCUGCUCUCUCCCUUUGUGCCGCUGGCGGUGGCCUCACUGGCCUGUCCCUCGAUGCCCGUGCUGAGCUCGCUGCCUUCCUUGCUGGCUGCACCUCCAUCGACAUUGACAUCAGCAUCCAGAUCAUCAUUAUCCAGUGGUUCACCGGCUGCAGCAUCCCCGGUGCUCCCUCCGGCUCUCACUCGUCUUCCGUCCCCAGCCUGCCCUUCAGCACUCCUUCCCUGCCUGGUACCUCCGGUGUCCCCUCUGGCCCCGGUGCCUCCGUCUCCGUCACUGGUACCCUCAUCCCCGGCCACCCUGCCGCCACUCCCUCUGGUGUUGCUCCUACUGGACUUCCCAGUGUCAGCGGCUCUCCCUCUGGACCCGCUGCCACCAGCACCCCCUGUGACACCGAGACCUCCGAGAUCAUCGGCUCUACUGUGAUUCCCGGCGGCCCCGAUGCCACUGGCUCCAUCACUGUCUCUUUCCCCGCUGUGCCCACCGCUACCGGCCCUGCCGAGACUACCUCCGGUGUUGCUCCCACUGGCAUUCCCGGUACCGAUGGCCCUGCUCCCUCUGGCCCUGCUGCUACCAGCGUCCCCUGUGACACCGAGGCCUCCGAGAUUAUCGGCUCCACUGUGAUUCCCGGUGGCCCCGAUGCCACUGGCUCCAACACUGUCUCUCUCCCCGCUGUGCCCACCGCUACCGGUCCUGCCGAGACUACCUCCGGUGUUGCUCCCACUGGCAUUCCCGGUACCGAUGGCCCUGCUCCCUCUGGCCCUGCUGCUACCAGCGUCCCCUGUGACACCGAGACCUCCGAGAUCAUCGGCUCCACUGUGAUUCCCGGUGGCCCAGCCCCCUCCGGCCCAGCCCCUACUACCCCUCCCACCCAGUCCACCGGCAGUGACUCCACCGUCACUCAGACCCAGACCCAGAUCGUGACCGUGACCGCCACCGUCUGCAACUGCGAGUAA